AUGGGAUGUGAGAAGCCGUUUGGAGGGAAGGUUAUAUUGUUUGGUGGUGACGUCAGACAAGUUCUUCCUAUGGUGCCCCGUGGUACAAGAGCCCAGAUCAUAGAUGCAACCUUACUGAGGUCAUACAUAUGGAAAAGUGUUCGGCGGAUCAGGUUGACCCAGAACAUGCGAGCUCAGACUGAUACGUGGUUUGCAGAUUACCUAUUAACAAUUGGUAACAAGAUGAAGGAAGCAUUUGAUGGUGACUACGUGCGGCUGCCUAAUGACAUUUUGAUUCAGAACCUUCCAGAGGAUGAUUCCAUUGAUAUUCUUAUUGAUCUUGUGUUCUCGGAUCAUGUUGCUAAUUGCACUUCUGCCACAUAUAUGCACAAGCGUGCGAUAAUCUCCACCAGGAAUGAACAUGUUGAUGCGGUGAAUGCACUCAUGAUUGAUAGAUUUCCAGGGAAGCAGAAGGUUUUCUACAGCUUUGACUCUGUCGAUGAUGACUCACGUAACAAUUAUCCUCUUGAUUUUCUCAAUUCGAUUACUCCUAAUGGGCUGCCCCCUCAUGAGUUGAAGGUUAACAAGAAUUGUCAUGUUAUAUUGCUUCGUAAUCUCGAUUCUCAUAAUGGCCUCUACAAUGGUCAUCGUAAGAGUACGUGGGUUUUUGCAAAGAGAAACAUGAACAUCGAUCCUACUGGAAAGAGUACGAAGAAUAUUGUAUACAGAGAUGUCUUGGAAUCCUAA